GCUAGUGAUGAGCAAAUGAUACUAGUUCUCUGCGUACUCUUUAUUUGUAUUGAGUAUCUACAAGGAGACUUUGACGCCGCUCUGCAGCACUGUCGUCAUGGCAUCAUGAUUCUUAACAACUCUUCGCGUCCGGAAUGGAUGUGUCAGUAUCUUGUUCCCAUAUUCAGACGUUUGAGCAUAACGCCAUUUUUCUUUGGCGGUGGCGAACCACCGACACGUCUUCCGCAGCUCAUUGGAUUCGAGACACCAAUGCCUUCGGAGUUUAGUGAUGCUCGAGAAGCGCAGACAGUGAUUGACGAUGUGAUGAUUCGGAUAAUGGGGUGCCUGUACGAUGGCAAUGAUGAUAGGGUUGUGCUGGCUUCAUUGCUGGAAGACUGGGAUUCCAAGAUGAAUCAUCUUGAGCGUGCACUUCCCCCAACUGCAACAGCGGAUAAAUACGCCAUAUAUGGAAUGAGAUUCAAGCACAAAAUGGCCAGAAUUUACAUCCAACAGCAAAAGUCACAUACAGAAAUGUGGUGGGAUCAGCAUCUCGAUAUUUUUCGCGAUGCUGUAAAAUUGGCAGAAGAAGCUUCCCUCCUAUCAACAGCACCAGACCACCAACGCAUACCACAAUCAAGUUUCAGCUUCGAAAUGAGUUGGUUACCAAUGCUGUUCUUCAUCGUCCUCAAGUGUCGAGAUUUAAAAAUUCGUCACAUGGCAUUAUCCUGGAUGGCGCAGCUUGGACCGGCCAAAGAGGGUCUGUUUGACGUGGGGACUCUGUAUAGAGUUGGAAGACGUCUUAUUGAGCUGGAACAUUAUAUAGCACUUGACGAUAAUGCCGUUGGACUUGAAAGUGAGGCUGUACCGCCGGAGGAGAAACGAUACUUCGCUAUUCCGAUAAACCACGAACUGGAAGUCAUCCCCGAGAAGGACGGCACACUCAGUUACAGACGACGGGUUAAGUUCCUCAGAAAAGACACGGAGGAUAACGUAAUCGCAUGAGAGGAAUAUAUCUAUGAUGGUAAGCCUCGUGGAUGCAGCGUUAAGAUUCCGCCGAUGAGGUGUGCAUAUCGCCUGUAGGAUGAUAUAUCUUGAGAGUGCAAUGAGCC